GCUGGAAUCAGCCGCGCUCACCCACAGGCUCGUCCUCCUACUGGGGCAACAACAACAACCAAUCGCGCGUACGACGCAACUCGGCUAACUGGGCUACAACAGAUGCCGCAGACAAUAGCUCUAGUUGGAGAAGGAGGAGGUGCGGGGUUAUUUAGUCACUCGCGAAAUGCGGGGGAUAGCAUUAGACGGGGUCCACCCAGUGGCGUCAGAUCCCCGGGCAGCGUGGUCUCGCAAUCGGAGAGGGACACGAGCGCUUGGGAGUCCGCGUCCAAUGCGACCGACUCCACAUGGAACAAUCGAUUUGCCAUGCUUGGUAAUGAGGAUGAGGAUACCGCCACCAUCAGCGACGGGAGUGACGAAAUGGAUGGGGCGCGUAUAAGCCAUCAAGUCGCGUCUCUGGUCACCCAAGACGAUGAUGACUUCUUUCCGCCCAUCCAAUCCGAAACAAUACCACCUUGGAAACAGAGCGGUCCGAUACAGUUUGUCGAGAUCCAAGAAGCUACGCUUAGCAAAUCGGGCUUGCUCAAGGACCGACACUCUAAAAUGUUCAAAUGUCCAGUACAUAAUUCCGCUUUUGAGUUGUAUCUGUACGUCCGAAGUGGAGAAGAAUUCGAUAUUUAG